ACGGGUGCCCGGUGGGUUCUUGCGGAAGUCCUUUCGCCAUUGAGAGGGACUCGGCGGCUGCUCUAUGCCCUUGUUGCCGAGGGACUCUUCCUGGGUCGUUGCGGGAGCAGGAGUCGGACUGGGGCCGACACGGGGCUCCCACGUGGCCGUCUCGGCGCCUGUGUAUGGUCUGCGCUGGCGGGAUGUGGCGAGCACGCCGGGCGGCAGUGGCCUGUGAAGUCUGCCAAUCACUAGUGAAGCACAGCUCUGGAAUACAAAGAAACUUACCACUCCAGAAACUACAUCUGGUUUCACGAAGUAUUUAUCGGUCACAUCUUCCCACUCUAAAGCUUCAAAGACCCCAACUAAGGACAUCAUUUCAGCAGUUCUCUUCUCUAACUAACCUUUCUUUGCAUAAAUUAAAACUUUCUCCUAUUAAAUAUGGCUACCAGCCCCGCAGGAACUUUUGGCCAGCAAGGUUAGCUGCAAGGCUCUUAAAACUUCGAUAUAUCAUACUUGGAUCUGCUGUUGGAGGUGGCUAUACCGCAAAAAAAACCUUCGAUGAAUGGAAAGAUAUGAUACCAGACCUUAGUGAUUAUAAGUGGAUUGUGCCUGACUUUAUAUGGGAAAUUGAUGAGUAUAUUGAUUUGGACAAAAUUAGAAAAGCCCUUCCCAGUUCAGAAGACCUUGCCAAGUUAGCACCCGACCUGGACAAGAUUGCCGACAGUCUCACCUUAUUGAAGGACUUCUUCACCACAGGUCACAAAUUGGUUAGUGAAGUCAUAGAAGCUUCUGGCCCACUUCUCUUGUUAGGUUCACCUGGAGAAACAGCAUUUAGAGCAACUGAUCAUGGACCCGAAAGUGACAAGCAUUAUAAGAAGGGUCUGCUUGGUGAGCUCAUUCUCUUACAACAGCAAAUUCAAGAGCACGAAGAGGAAGCACGCAGAACCGCUGGCCAGUAUAGCACGAGCUAUGCCCAACAGAAGCGCAAGGUGUCAGACAAAGAAAAGAUUGACCAACUUCAAGAGGAACUUCUGCAUACUCAGUUAAAGUAUCAGAGGAUCUUGGAGCGUCUAGAAAAGGAGAACAAGGAGCUGAGAAAAUUGGUACUGCAGAAGGAUGACAAAGGCAUCCAUCAUAGGAAACUUAAGAAAUCUUUGAUUGACAUGUAUUCUGAAGUUCUUGAUGUUCUCUCCGAUUAUGAUGCCAGUUAUAAUACACAAGAUCAUCUGCCACGGGUUGUUGUGGUUGGAGACCAGAGUGCUGGAAAAACAAGUGUGCUGGAAAUGAUUGCUCAAGCACGGAUAUUCCCACGAGGGUCCGGGGAGAUGAUGACACGGUCUCCCGUGAAGGUGACUCUCAGUGAAGGUCCUCACCAUGUGGCCUUGUUUAAAGAUAGCUCUCGGGAGUUUGAUCUUACCAAAGAGGAAGACCUUGCGGCAUUAAGACAUGAAAUCGAACUCCGAAUGCGGAAAAAUGUGAAAGAAGGUUGUACUGUUAGCCCUGAGACCAUAUCUUUAAAUGUCAAAGGCCCUGGACUCCAGAGGAUGGUGCUUGUGGACUUACCCGGUGUGAUCAAUACCGUGACAUCAGGCAUGGCUCCUGACACAAAGGAGACGAUUUUCAGUAUCAGCAAAGCUUACAUGCAGAAUCCCAACGCCAUCAUCCUGUGCAUUCAAGAUGGAUCUGUAGAUGCUGAGCGCAGCAUUGUUACAGACUUGGUCAGUCAAAUGGAUCCUCAUGGAAGAAGAACCAUAUUUGUUUUGACCAAAGUAGACCUGGCAGAAAAAAAUGUAGCCAGUCCAAGCAGGAUACAACAGAUAAUUGAAGGCAAGCUCUUCCCAAUGAAAGCUCUGGGUUAUUUUGCUGUUGUAACAGGAAAAGGAAACAGCUCUGAAAGCAUUGAAGCUAUAAGAGAAUAUGAAGAAGAAUUUUUUCAGAAUUCAAAACUCCUAAAGACAAGUAUGCUGAAGGCACACCAGGUGACCACAAGAAAUCUAAGCCUUGCUGUGUCCGACUGCUUUUGGAAAAUGGUUCGAGAGUCAGUUGAACAACAGGCUGAUAGCUUCAAAGCAACACGUUUUAACCUGGAGACGGAGUGGAAGAAUAACUACCCUCGCCUGCGAGAGCUCGACAGGAAUGAACUGUUUGAAAAAGCUAAAAAUGAGAUCCUUGAUGAAGUUAUCAGCCUGAGCCAGGUUACUCCAAAGCACUGGGAGGAAAUCCUUCAGCAGUCUCUGUGGGAAAGAGUGUCAACUCAUGUGAUUGAGAACAUCUACCUUCCGGCUGCACAGACCAUGAAUUCAGGAACAUUUAACACCACAGUGGACAUCAAGCUUAAACAGUGGACUGACAAGCAGCUUCCUAAUAAAGCAGUAGAGGUUGCUUGGGAGACACUACAAGAGGAAUUUUCCCGUUUCAUGACGGAACCCAAAGGGAAGGAGCACGAUGACAUAUUUGACAAGCUUAAAGAGGCUGUGAAGGAGGAGAGUAUCAAGCGGCACAAGUGGAACGACUUUGCAGAAGACAGCUUGAGGGUCAUUCAGCACAAUGCUCUGGAAGACCGGUCCAUAUCGGAUAAGCAGCAGUGGGAUGCAGCCAUUUACUUUAUGGAGGAGGCCCUUCAAGCCCGUCUCAAGGAUACUGAAAAUGCUAUUGAAAACAUGAUAGGCCCAGACUGGAAAAAGAGGUGGUUGUACUGGAAGAAUCGGACCCAAGAACAGAGUGUUCACAAUGAAACCAAGAAUGAACUGGAGAAGAUGCUGAAGUGUAAUGAGGAGCACCCAGCUUAUCUUGCAAGCGAUGAGAUUACCACAGUUCGGAAGAAUCUGGAAUCUCGAGGAGUUGAAGUAGAUCCAAGCUUGAUUAAGGAUACUUGGCAUCAAGUUUACAGAAGACAUUUCUUAAAAACGGCUCUAAAUCAUUGUAACCUUUGUCGAAGAGGUUUUUAUUACUACCAGAGGCAUUUUAUAGAUUCUGAGCUGGAAUGCAAUGAUGUGGUCCUGUUUUGGCGAAUACAGCGCAUGCUGGCUAUCACUGCCAAUACAUUAAGGCAGCAGCUUACAAACACUGAAGUGAGGCGACUAGAGAAAAACGUUAAAGAGGUCCUAGAAGAUUUUGCUGAAGAUGGUGAGAAAAAGAUUAAAUUGCUUACUGGCAAACGGGUUCAGCUGGCUGAAGAUCUCAAGAAAGUUAGAGAAAUUCAAGAAAAGCUUGAUGCUUUCAUUGAAGCUCUUCACCAGGAGAAGUAAACUGUAUUAAAAUCUGCUCAUAAUCACCUCUGCAUACACGGGAAGAAUGAAAACUUCAGUCUUUUGUCCUGCCUCCUUUCUCCUGUUCUGCCUUUUCAGUGCAAAAUAAAGUCAUAGGGUGAAAUUAACCUAUGUGUGUUACAGGCACCUCAACCCCCCAGCUGCCUUUUGAGCAGAAGAACAGUAAAGACAGCAUCCCCAGUCUGUGUGCUUGUACUGACGUGACAAACUGGCCAGUAGGCCUAGCCCUCAAAGAUAAGGAAGUUAUCUCUCAAGUCUUAUUUGUGGCGGCACCAGUGGGGUUCAUUAUGGAUGUCUUCGGACAUAUAAUAGUAGUUGCUUUGGAAUAAAACUUACGGUAAUUUUUAAAAAGGCAUCAAUUAUGUAUAUGGUGAUAAUUGCCUGCUAAGCCGUCAUCUGUCUGCAGUGUUCUGUAUCCAGGACUGUCUGACUGUAAUAAUCCAGUUUAUGUUCACCCCGUGAAAGGAAGCUGGUUUACCAAAGGAUACUUCAGACAGGGUAACUCGUGUUGGACGGUUCAGUGUGUACUCAGUGACAGAAACAUCAGCCUUCCGUUGCCAGUGUAGAAACUCGCCUUAGCAGCCAGUAGCAGCUGCUUACACGGUUGCUGUUCUUACAGACUCUGUAUCCAUUUACAAUUAAUUCUUUUUGAAUAUUGUGUGCUUUACGUGAGGCUUUCUGGUGAUAGGAGUGGGGUCUCUCCUGGUAGCAGCCAUUGGAGUAUGACUCAAGAUGGAGAAGAGUCAAGGUAAUCAGCUGACGAGUUUCACUUAGAGCGCUGUCAGACACUGAAGUGAGCAUCAGGGGCAGGCUGCCACACAGCCUUCGGGCACUGUUUUCAGUGAAAUUAUUCUAACAAGUGGGAGGAUGGUGACGCACCCCCUUAAAGCUGAGAAUUCCAUUUAAUUCAUUGCAGUUACAGUAGCAACCCUACCAAUAUUUUCAUGUGCUUUAUUUAGAAUUGUAUUGGUUAAGAGACUGCAAAGCAAACAAAUGCACCAUAUUUUACUCAAAUAUCCCUUUCAUCUAUUACUUUUUCUUUAAUUAAGGCUUUGCUGUGCUGGUGAAAAUGCCCAGUGUUACAGGUUGCAGUUUUUAUUUCACAGUUAAUUUUAUAAAAGGUUUUCUUGGAAUUGUUUUUUGUAAGAAUUCUCCACCACACACAUACUUUAUAUAUACAUAUAUAUGUAUAUAUGCAUGGAAGGCAAAAUAUUUCAGAAACUAUAAAUUCGGUACGCAUUUUAUUUAAAUUAGGAGAUUAGAAAUUUAGGUUCUAUCCUCACCAAGAAAAGCAGCAUCCAUUGUUUCCUAGGAUGCGAGUGCUCCGGUGCCUUGUGUCCCGUAGGUGUGGGACAGUGCUGAGCGGAAGCUAGGUAGAGAGAGCCCUGUGCUGAUUGACACAUGGGUUAGGAAAGGGUCCCCUAAGCCCUGCCAAUCUAACUGGGUGGAAGCCCUGCCUAAGGCCAGCAGGGAGAGCUGCAGUUUUCUCCUAAGGAAAAGCUGAUGUUAGGCAUCAUAUCCCUUUGUAUAGUUUUUUUUUUUUUUUCAUGGAAGAGAAUUUUUAUUUCUUUGUGGGGGUCAAUAUUUGUAACUUCAACCAAAAAUCCCUGUCAUUCCUCACGUCCCCACGGGUUAUUUUAACCUGGUUUCCUGCUAAUCAUGUCUUUCCACACCCCUCGAAGGCUGGUAUUUGUCAGAUGCAGAAGCUGUAGACAGGAGAUAAACUUCAGUACAGCAGUCAGCCCUGUGUGUCGAGUCUGUAGUUCAGGUGCUUGAUCUACAGAAGGUAAAGUCUAACUGGACCAGAAAUCAUUUGUUUCUCACAUCUGGAUUUGCAGAGAAUGAAGUGUACAAAAUUCUAUUUGGAGAACUAAGGGAUUUUUAGUAGAUGGUAAGCAAAAUGAAUUGUGGGACGUCAGCUAUAACAACAUGAACCAGAGGACGCAAGCGUGCUGCUUUACGGACACAGCGGCCAAGCUGCGGUUGCAGGCAGAGCUGCCAGCCUUUCGGGGGGUCUUAUUCCUACUGUCUCAUAUUAGCACCAUUUCCUAGGCCAUACUCAGUGGACUCUCACACAUUACCUGGUACCCAACGAAAUCUGCAGUGUGAAUGUGCACAGGGGGCACAACAGGUGGGACUUCCUCACUGCAGUUUCAGAAUGUCACAUGAGGAUUCUGGUGGCACACAGCAAUAAUCCUAGUCCUCAAGUGGCAGAAGCAGGACUGUGAGUUAAAGGCAAUCCAGAGCUAUGUAGGGAGACCCUGUCUCAAAACAAAAAUCACACAAUUAAGAGUGUAGACUUAAUGGACAAAUUUCUAGCUAUUUUUUUUUAUUUAUUUUAGAUGUAUUUAUCUAAUAAAAAGAAAUAUGGUAUCUUUUUCUUUGCAGUAACGAGAUCACGGUGCUGGCAUAUCUCCAUCCUCUACGCUGGUGUAUGGUAGACUGUCAUUGUUGUAGCAAACGGAAAUGUGCUUGGAAUAUGCUUACCUUCUAAACAAUCAUGGCUAUUGGAUAUCUAAAUAUUUAAACUUAACCAUGUCUUCAUGUGCACUGUGAAUGAACUUUGUAUUAUUUUUUUAAACCUGACACUCGAUGUAAAUGUUACUACGACUUCUAUUUGCCUGUGCUUGAUCUAAGGUCAUUUGUGUAGAUGGAUAAUUAAAAGAUACUGAAGUGA